AGGGGAAGGGGGAAGGGGGAGUCGACGGUGGCAGACGAUAAGUCACACCGGAUAACCCCAAUUUACUCAAUGGUUUUCGGUGUAAAAUAACUACUUUCCUUCCACAAUGACCCUCUAUCACUUUGGAAAUUGUGUGGCCUUAGUGUAUGUGCCAUAUUAUCUAACUUACAAGUUUUCUGGGUUGGGAGAGUACGGGGCAUUUUGGAAAUGUAUUCAGGCAGGGUUCAUUUAUGCCUUCACUCAAUUGGUGAAAAUGUUGAUUUUAGCAACAUUUUUUCCCACAAGUGAAGGGCCAGGUGUAGCAGGGAUUGAUCUCUUUACCGAAUUUUUUAAAGCCACGGUAGACUUGUUGGACCUGGUGGGAAUGUACCUUAUUUUAUCAGGUAUUCCUGGGAAGGGUCAUGCUAAAAUUGUGACAGCUGGUGUUGGCUGGGGAGGAGCAGAGUUACUUUUAACCCGAGGCCUUUUACUAUGGGUAGGCGCCAGAGGGUCUGAAUUUCACUGGAAAUACAUCCAGAAAUGUUUGGAGUCAAAUAUAAGUCUGGUUCAGCAUGUAAAAACUGCAGCUCUCGUGUGGAUGUGGACCAGGCAUGAUCUUAAGAAAUCCUUUGUUCCCAUCGUUACAGUACUUCUCCUAGCUACUAUUUACAAGCCUCUAGUCAUGGAGUAUGUUGUAGAAGUGAUGGCUAUUGGUGCUUGGUCGGCUCUGUCCCUUAAAGCAGCUGUUACAAUACUGUUUGGUGUAAUCACUCUCCAGAUGUAUGUCGUUCUUGCUGAAUCUAUUGGUAUGUUUUAACAGUUAGUGCUACUUGACUUGAACAUUCACAUGUGUUUCAUCAUCAAUGAAUAAGAUUGUAUAUUUAUAUUUCCAUUAAUUCUUAAUUAAAUCAUCUCGUUUCUUGUA